AUGGCUUUGACUCGCAAUAAAAACCCAGAAGGAUCGACAGAGGACAAAUAUAACAAUUUUUUGCUGAUUCAAGAGCAAUUGCAAAAAUUGAUGGAGAGUAUGAAUGAUCGAAAUGUGAGGACAGAUAAAGAAUUGUUGGAAAUCAAGCAAGCCAUUGGUGGUAUGAAGCAGAGAGACAAGGAAUUGGAUAAUUGCAGAGGUGAAUCUUCUGCUGGAGGUGACAAUUCUAGAGAAUUGAGGCAGUUGAACACAAGUAGAGACAUUCAGACUGGAGUAACUGGUAAUUUUCUCACUCAAUGCUCUAGGUUAGAUUUCCCUAGAUUUUCUGGACAAGAUCUGAAAACAUGGUUGUAUAAGGUGGACCAAUUCUUUUCUAUGGAUGAAAUUCCUUAUAGUCAGAGGGUCAAGGUCACAUCAAUUCACUUAGAUGGGGAAGCUAUUGGUUGGCAUAGGUCAUAUAUGAAAGUUAGGAACACUGUUGUAGACCCUACUUGGACAGAGUAUAUUUUAGCUUUGAAUGAAAGGUUUGGGGAUGGAUAUGAAGAUUCAAUGGAAUCCAUUAAGCACCUGGAACAAACUAGCAAUGUAAGAGCUUACCAAGCUGAGUUUGAUAGGCUGCUGACUAGGGUGAAUUUCUCUAAUAAGAAUGCCAUCAGUUGUUUCUUAGGAGGUCUCAAACCUGAAUUGAACAAAUCAGUAAGGAUGCAGGCACCAAAGACCCUGAUGCAAGCUUACAAGUUGGCUAGAUUGCAAGAGGAAGGCAAUGCUAAUAGAAGGAAGCUCUUAACUGCAGCAAAGAUGGAUGAGAAAAGGGCCAAGGGACUGUGCUUCCUUUGUGAUGAAAAGUAUGUAAGGGGGCAUGCGUGUAAGGCCAAGAAGCAGUUGUUCUUAGUAGAAUUGUGUGAAGAAGGAGAUGUAACUAUGGCAGAGGAUCUAGAACCAGAUCAGUUCCAGGACCAAGAAACAAUUGAUAACAUUGCCAAUCCUGAGAAAUGUAUGACAAUUUCAUUGCAAGCCUUCACUAGUGUCACUGGGUACCAGACCAUUAGAGUCACUGGGUAUCAUGAGAAAGGACCAUUGCAGAUUCUUAUUGAUACAACUGAUGGGAGGAAGGUACAAACUGCUUCCAUUUGUAGGAAUUUGCAGUGGUUGUUACAGGGAACUACAUUUUCUUCUGAUUUCCUAUUACUGCCAUUAGGAAAUAUUGAUAUAAUAUUGGAGGUCCAAUGGUUGAAUACAUUGGGGAGAAUUCUCUUUGAUUUUAGCAAAAAGACCAUUGAGUUCAUGCACCAAGGGAAGAAACAUGUGUUGAGAGGGGCAACCACUCAAUGUAACCACAUCCAAGCUAUCACAGCCAUAUGUGAUGACAUUCCAGUUGUUUUGGUUUCUUUAAUGGAACAAUACAAGUGUAUAUUUGAUAUUCCUACUGCAUUACCACCUCACAAAGGACCCUAUGAUCACAUAAUACCACUCAUAGACAAUGCAACACAUAUUAGUGAGAGACCUUACAGGUUUCCUGGAGUGAAGAAGGAUAUUAUUGAUAAGUUGGUACAUGAGAUGCUAGAUCAAGGAGUUGUACAGCACAAUAUUAGUCCAUAUGCAUCCCCAGUUGUGUUAGUUGGAAAAAAAGAUGGUAGUUGGAGACUUUGUAUUGAUUACAGGGAUCUGAAUCAUUUAAUAGUGAAGGAUAAAUUCCCCAUCCCUAUUAAUGAGGAUCUAUUGGAUGAUUUGGGGGUGCUGAGGUGUUCUCUAAGAUUGAUCUUAGAGCUGGCUAUCACCAAUUGA